AUGAGUCAACCAUCUAUGCCAAAUUCGUUACCAAAUGGACUUUCUGAAGGUGUUAGAAUUGGAAGAAGAUCAUUUAAAAACCAAAACGUCAUUAGUUCUAAUACAACUUCACAAACCCCAAUGAAACCAUCUGGACUUAUGCAAUCUACAGAAGUUCCCCCAUUAACUGGACCUCAUUCUAAAACACCAAACAUUGAAGUUCCAUCAUCACCAUCUGUAAGUUCAGCAGUUAAAAUAGGAUCAGCUUCUUAUAAUGCAUCUUAUAAGAAAUCAAUUCCACAUCUUCCACAAACAUCAUUUGGAAGUAAUGCAUCGAGUGAACGAAUUACAACACCAGAAGGAAGUUAUACUGGAUCAUAUGAUGGAUCUUCACAUUAUUCAAGUCAUACAAAAACACCAGGAAUUUAUCCAACUAUUGAAAUGAAAAAAGUUGAGGAAAUAUUAGGUAAUUUACAAAGUGAUAAAUUUUAUGUUGAUCCAUCUGAAGAUACAAACAUUAAAAGUGUUAAAUAUCCUGAUCAACAUCUAGAUGGACAACAUGCAGAUUGGAAAGAAAAAAUUUAUCAAGACGUUCCAGUACUUCAAAGGGUUAGAGAAAUUGUUUAUCCUCUUCAACGUACAACAGCAUUAGUUAAAGAAUUAAAUCCAGGAAUUCAAAAAGUAAAAGAUAAAAUAAGUAAAGAACAAAUGAUUCGAAUUAUUUUACAACAUUUACAUGUAAAAGGAUAUAACGAAAGUAGAAAAAUACUUGAAAUAGAAAGUGGUAUAAAAACACCUAAACAUAAUUUAAAUAAAAGUGUAUUAUUAUAUUCACUUUAUAAUUCAAUUCAUAAUAGUGAUAUUGUAUAUGAUUAUGUUGUUGAAGAUAAACAUACUUCUACAGAAACUGUUAAUGAACAUUUUAAAUCUAUUGGAUUAAAUUCAUUAGUACAAGAAUCAGAUGAAUCUAUGAAAUUAUAUGAAGAUCCUGAAGUAUUACAUCUUAAAGGAACAGAAUUUCCUGAUGUUACUCUUGAAGAUGCAUCAGAAAAGAAUAUGAAUUUAAAUACUAUUGUCUUUAAAUUAACUGCUUUUGGUUCUCGUGCAGGUAUUUUUGUUAAAGCUAUUUGUAUGUUUUUAACUACUAUUACUACACCAGAUAAAUUUUUCCUUAAAUUAAUGGAACGAUUAGAUAUUCCUGAAGAUUUUGAACCUGAAAAUAAAGCAACAAAAGAUCAAUAUAAAGCUGCUAUUAGUUCUAAAGUUGCUGGUGUUAUUAAAACAUGGAUUGAUUCAUUUGCUAUUAGUUAUGAUGUUACUGUAAAGAAAGGAUUAAUUCGAUUAAUGGAAGAACAUCUUAAAGUAGUUGAAGGGGCUGUUGCAGCUGUGAUAAAAGGUAAAAUUGGAACAUUAAAAAAUUCUAUUGAAAUGGAUCAUAAAACAAAAGGAUUUAAUCCAUUAAUUAAACAAAGUUGUAUCAUUUCACCAUUAAGAUUAGAUGAAAGUACUGAUACUAAAGAACAAUUACCACAACCAGAAAAAAUGAAGAAUUUAUUUGAUAAAUUAAUUCCAAAAGUUAAAUUUAUUGAUAUAGAUGAUGAUGUAAUUGUAUCACAAUUUACAUAUAUGGAAGCAUCAAUCUUUUAUAAAUUAGAACCAAGUGAAUUCUUUGGACAAGCAUGGGCUAAAGCUAAAUUAAGACAUAAAGCACCAAAUAUUAUAGCAUCAACACAAAUGUUUAAUUUCAUUUCUAGUUUCUUUGUUAAUAUGAUAUUAAAUACAGAAAGUCUUGAAGAAAGAAUUACUUUAGUAAAAAAGAUUCUAUCAUUAGGUAUUAAAGCACAUGCAAUUAAAAAUUACGAUUUAUUAUAUUCAUUGACAGGGUCAUUAGGAGAUGCUGCUAUUUUCAGAAUGAAAAGAACAUGGGAAGUAGUGAAUCAAGACCCAAAUAAAGCAGAGUUUGAUCGAUUAAGUGGAUUAUUCCAAAGAAACUUUGGAGGAUUCAGAAAUGAAGUUAAAGACAUUUUUACAACACCAUGUCUUCCAUUUAUUGGAACAUACCUUACAGAUUACACUUUUUUGGAUGAUGGAAAUCCUGAUAUGGCUGGUGAUAAAAUUAAUGUGGAUAAGAAAUUAAGAUUAUUUGAGUGUAUCAAUAAUGUAAUACGGUUCAAAGAUACAAAAUAUGAUAUUGUUGCUAUUCCACAGAUUAUUUGUUUCAUUAAAAAUUAUUAUUUUGAUGAUGGAAUUCUCACAGAUGAGAAGUUGAAAUAUGAGAAAUCCUUAAAAACAGAACCAAGAGUAAAGAAUUAA